UAAUAAUAAGCCCUAGACUUUCAAAAUAAAAAGGUUUUAUUCUCUGUCUGACCAAGGAAGAGCCCAGCUUCCAAGCCAACUCCACAGUAUAGCUUUGCUGUUGAGGACAAACUUUCUGUAAGAAUGGUUGAUUUCCUCUUUGAUGAUAUUUUCACCAUUGAGAAAGUGGAUCCAGAUGGCAAAAAAUUUGAUAAAG